AUGCUGGCACUAUAUAAGACCGGCCUUCCGAAUGAGGGUAGCAACAUCUCGUCUCCAAACUUCAAAUCCUCUGACUCACCUACCACUACCACACCAGCUACUCUAAGUAUGGCCUACUUGCCCAACUUCGGUCGCCCCAAAGGCAUGCCCCCUCGUAUGGGAGUCAUCAAGCCCCAAGACGACCCCAAGGCGAUCCUCCCCGUCACCCUCACCGUCUGCCCCGCCAUCCAAUACCGCACCGGGGCCCGGCAGACCUCGCGCAACUGCCACUGGAUGCUCUCCUGGAACAUCGGCAUUACCGGGACGGGCCACAUCGCCCAGAGGCGUUUGCACGUCCACCACGAGCGCGACAUCCCGCACCUCACCAACUGGGGCCCCAUGACCGACGCGGUCACACGCAAGGAACAGGCCGCCAUGGUCGUGAUCCCGCUGAAGACGAUGACCUAUGCUGAGCGCCAGGCGUUGGAGAAGAUUGCAAUCAAUGCGUUGGUCAAGGUUCCCAACGGGCAGUGGAACAAUCAAGAUUGGUGCAUCGAGGUAUUGGAGGAAGCAGUUAAGCAAGGUAUCCUUUCAGCCCUCGAAGCAAAGGCUGCGACCGACAGGGCUAGUCAAGUUCAGCCCGUCCUUGCUGAGCUGCAAUGCCUCUAG